AUGGGUACUAUUUCUGUUGAUUGUCAUUAUGGAGGUUGUUUUAGUAGGGACUGGUUGAUAAGUUAUACAGGAGGGGAGGUAAAAAGGUUUGAAGGUUUAGACCCUGAUAAGUUUAGUUUUUUUGAAUUAAGUGGGUAUGUAGAAGAAGAUUUGAGUAUUAAAAAUGGUACAUAUAGAUUAUGGUGGAUGCCUCAUUACGAAGUAAACUUUAGGGUUGUUAAGGUAGAUGCUGAUGUUAGUGAGAUGAAGGAAUAUGCUUUGAAUGUAAACAAGCCAGUUAACUUGUUUGUAGAACAUGAUGUUGAUGAAGUUAGUAUGUUGGUGGAUGUUCCAAGCUGUGUUACUGUUAUUAAUAGGGAAGUUGGACAAAGUUCUCAGGUUGAUGUAAAUGGAGAUGGAGUAGAGAAGGAAAAGGUAGAUAAGAAAGGAAAAGGUGUGUUGGUGUGUUCUGAUGAUGAGAAGUCAGGGAGCAGUGAAGAUGAGUCAGAUGGUGAAUAUUUUGAUGAUAGUGAGCAUGAUAGAGCAUUGGGGGGUGAUGAUGGGUUUGAACCAGAUGAUAUAACUACAAUGGAUGUGAAACCAAUGGUUCAAAAAGGUCCAAAAAUCAAGGAAAUAUCAAUGGUUGACAGACAAGAAGAUGAUAAUGAUCCUGAGUGGGAGAGAGAGUAUGAAAGUGAUGAGCUUUAUUCAGAUGACCCUGAUGAGUCAGAAUCUGAAAGGGGACCAAGAGUAGAUGUGUUUAAGAUGAGCCAACUAACACCAGCCUUUAAAUUCAAAGUUGGUAUGGACUUUAAGUCAAUUGCAGAGUUCAGAAUGGCCAUGAGGGAGUGGAAUGUAUUAAAUGGAUAUCAAAUUAAGUUUGUGAAAAAUGACAAGGAAAGGUGUAGGGUAGAGUGUAAGGAUAAGCACAAGGGGUGCAAGUAUGUGGCCCACUGCAGCAAAGUGGCUAACAGCCAUACAUAUAAAAUAAAGACAUUGGGUGUGGACCACACAUGUGGUAGGUCACUAGAUAACUCUAAUGCCAAUGCAAAUUGGUUAACCAAUAUUGUUGUGGAAAAAAUGAGGGGUAGUGGUGAACAAAAGGUCAAAGAUAUCAUGAAAGAUCUGAGGAGACAGUAUUCUGUUGGGGUAUCAUUUCAUACAGCUUGGAGUGCAAGGAAGAGGGCCACUGAAAUAUUAGAUGGUGAUGCAAAGAAACAAUACAGUUUACUGUGGAGGUAUGCAACUGAGUUAAAGAGGGUGUGUAAUGGGAAUAAUCUCAAGCUUAAUGUUGAGAGAACCUUGAUAACAAAUCAACCAAGAUUUAGCAAGUUUUACUUUUUUUUUUAUGGUUGCAAGCAAGGUUUUUUGGCUGGCUGUAGGCCAUUUAUUGGAGUGGAUGGGUGUCACUUGAAAACUAAGUUUGGAUGUAUAUUAUUAGUUGCUGUUGGAAGAGAUGCAAAUGACCAAUAUUUCCCAUUAGCAUUUGGAGUUGUUGAGAAUGAAACCAAAGAGACGUGGAGGUGGUUUUUAACUUUACUGCUUGAAGAUAUUGGAAACAAAAGAUGGGUGUUUAUUUCAGAUCAACAAAAGGGAUUGAUGAGUGUGUUUGAUGAAUGGUCUGAUAGAAUUGAACAUAGGUACUGUCUUAGGCAUCUAUAUGCCAAUUUCAAGAAAAAAUUUGGAGGAGGAACAUUGAUAAGGGAUUUGAUGAUGGGUGCAGCAAAGGCUACAUAUAGACAAGCUUGGAAUGUUAAGAUGGAAGAGCUGAAAAAGGUGGAUGUGAAAGCAUGGGAGUGGCUAGUGGGACAUGAUCCUAAAUUAUGGUGUAAGCAUGCAUUUUCAUAUUAUCCUAAGUGUGAUGUAUUAAUGAAUAACAUUUCAGAGGCUUUUAAUGCUACUAUAUUAUUAGCUAGAGAUAAGCCAAUCCUCACAAUGGCAGAGUGGAUUAGAACAUACCUCAUGAAUAGGAUGUCAAAACUUAGGAAUAAGUUAAGUAACUGGCAAGGUGAUAUCAUGCCUAUGCCAAGGAAAAGAUUGAACACUGAGAUUCAAAGAUCUGGAAACUGGAUAGCAACUUGGGGAAUAGGUGAUGAGUUUGAGGUUGAAAUGGUGGGUGGUGGACAUAGGUUUACUGUAAACACUGCAAAUAGGACAUGUAGUUGUAAUUUUUGGGAGUUGGUAGGUAUACCUUGUAGGCAUGCAGUUGCAGCCAUAGGUAAGAGAGAUGGAAGGCCAGAAGACUAUGUCCAUGAGUGUUAUUCUAGAAAGACAUAUGAAGCAUGUAACAACCAUAAUGUGAGUGCCAUUAAUGGACAAGAUAUGUGGCCUGAGGUGGAAUGUGAGGAGAUGCUUCCACCAACUUAUAAAAAAGGGCCUGGGAGACCAAAGAAGCUUAGGAGGAGGGAGCCUGGUGAGGCUAGUCAAACACAAGGCAAGUAUAGCAGAGCAAACACAAGCUACAGAUGCAUAACUUGUAACAAAUUUGGGCACAAUGCAAGAGGAUGCAAGAGUCAAACAGUUGACCCUGAAGCACAAAAGAGGAAGAGGAAAGCACCUAAACCAACAACAAGGCAAGAGGAGAAUGAAGGGCAAUCAGUACAAAGUUAUGGGCAAGCAGAGGGCACAAGCCAGGUUCAAUGUGAAGUUGUCAGUCAAGGUGAAGCAGAAGUUGAAGUUGGUCAAGCAUAA